CUUAAAGCCGAGCCGGAAUUGCUUCGAUGGACGUCACCUACAAAAACGUCCAGAUCGAAGUAACAUCAUUCUGUCGCACCCCUCUCAUUCCCCAUAAAUUGAAACUGUUACAGAGCCGUGGUUUGACAGAAAGCUAGUGGACACGCUUCUGUCUUCCUUCAAGCACUUACAAAGUGCUACAAUUCCUUUCAUUCUCUUCCCCAGCCAGGAGCUAGAACUCUACACAUUUGUACCCAGUAUCGCUACCCCCAGCUUCUGUUUCGCCCUCCAUUCCCAUCCUCUUCUGUUUCAAUACAUCUUCCAGUGUUAUACACCAGAUUCUACUUGUCUGCUAGCUGGAUUCACAUUUGGCAAGCUUGACUCACUCAUACCCAUUGGUAUUUUCCUUUCCCGGCAUUGGCCAAGUGUCUCCCCGCAUAACGGAAUAUUUUCCACAAUGCGAGUUAUUAUCCGCAACACUGCUCUGGAGGCUUCGGAAUACAUUGCCGAUUAUAUCAUCAGCCGCAUCCAGAAGUUUCGACCAACUGAAAGCCAGCCAUUUGUACUCGGCUUGCCAACAGGAAGUAGCCCGGAGAUCAUCUACAAGACUCUGGUAAACCGGCACAGGAAGGGCGAAAUAUCCUUUAAGAAUGUCGUGACUUUCAACAUGGACGAGUAUGUCGGAUUGCCUCGGGAUCAUCCAGAAUCAUACCACAGCUUCAUGUAUAAGCAUUUUUUCUCCCACGUGGACAUCCCGCCCCAGAAUGUUAACAUUCUUGACGGUAACGCUCCGGAUCUCGCGGUCGAGUGUGCUUCCUUCGAAGCCAGAAUCGCUCGGUACGGCGGCAUCGAACUCUUCCUAGGUGGUGUUGGUCCCGAUGGACAUAUCGCCUUCAACGAGCCAGGCUCGUCAUUGAGCAGUCGUACGCGGGUUAAAACUUUGGCAUAUGACACGAUAUUAGCCAAUUCGCGAUUUUUCGACAAUGAUGUGGAUCAGGUACCCCGGCAUGCAUUGACAGUUGGCAUUCAGACCAUUAUGGAGGCACGGGAGGUGGUAAUAGUUGCUACCGGUGCUCACAAGGCUCUCGCAGUGGAGAAAGGCAUUGAGGGGGGCGUCAAUCACAUGUGGACGCUCUCGGCCUUGCAGUUGCACCCACACCCACUCAUUGUCUGCGAUCGGGAUGCGACUCUGGAGCUGAAGGUUAAAACAGUGCGUUAUUUUGAGUCUAUCGAACAAGCCGGUACAGACGCGCGCACUCAAGGCCCACCUCUUACUUAUCGCCCUCGGAUGUACGUUCCCGGCCCGGUUGGGCUGGGCAAGACUCACCAGGAACUUACCCCCCAAACUACACCACAAAAGGUCCCGAAGGAUUUGAGAAUCAAUACGGAAUUAAGUCGCUCCAUGGAAGACGAUGAAUUAACACCUGACAGUAUGUCCUCACGAAUGGUUGACUCGGCGAUAGGCGGGCUGGACUCAGCAUUGAAGGGCGAUUUGUUUUUCGACCGCAUGGGAGCUAGGGUUCUUUCACACUGAUUGCAUGUCUUAAGGAUAUAACAGAAUUCGGAUCGGGGCUUAUUCACAGAAGAGCCGUUGAAGGUAGAGGAAAAUGUAACUGACCGCGGAAGACUGAAUUGACUUGUUUGCUUGGCUUGAUUACUCAGUUAACUUUGGCAUGAUUUUCUCAAGUUUGAAACUCCUCGGAAACGCCAUCUUCGCAGAAGAGCUGAGAUGGAAGAUUAGUUAGCCGGGGAGAGGGAUUGACUGUGCUCUAACUUAUUAGACAAGAAGCACAUAACAGCGCCACCUGCAAGCGGUUGUGAUUUGAACUUGGGCGGCAAAAGAAUCGCGCUGAAACUCAAAAGGCUAGCUUUAGGUUACAGAGUGUGAUAGAUUGACGAUUGUUAGCCGAGGGGAUGUGCUGAGCGCGACCUCGGACAAUACUACUUUCUCUCCAUACGG